AAAAUGGACGUGUACGUUCUGUCAAAUUAGAUUUAUUUUUAAAAAAUGUUUUUAUUUCGUUGAAAUGAAUUAGUGAGGUGUCAUUCCGAAAUGUAUUUUCCGAUAGGUUGGCCCAAAGUCAUAAAAACUCCUGAGUUAGGACAAUAUUCCAUAAAACAAAUAAGCUGCAACAGGGACAGAAUUUUAUUUGCUCUUUUAACUGAUGAUACAUUAGCAAUAUGGUUUUGCAAGCCCUGUGUCCCAAUUGUGUUCCAUCGAAGAACAUCACAAUCCCUGGACAAGUUUGGCACAAACAUAAUAGCAGAAUGGAAACCAGAUUCCAGCAUGAUUGUUAUUGCUACCUCGGAAGGCCACCUCCUAUUUUACAAGCUCAGUGUUAAAACUGAUCAAAAGGGCUUGUAUGUACAGACAGAUUCACCUCAUGCCAAUCUGAGAAGGGACAGUGCUGAACUCUUCAUUAAGGAAACCAUACCAGCAUUAUGUUUGACUUUGGCUUCAGAAAUUCACGUUUGGGAUGGAAGAAUAACUGGAAUUGUGUGCAUAACUAUGGCUGAACUUAUGUUAUCCACUACAGAUGGACAUGUACUCAGAUUUCGGUGGGAUGGAAGUCAAAACAGGGAUUAUACACUAGACUUGAGAAGGAUACCAUUCUGUAUUAAUCAACAAGUUUCUAAAGCUAUACCCAUUGUGGAGGAGAAUACAUAUAUUAUAGAUAUUGAGUAUUCUCCACUUGUUGGAGGAUUUUCAAUAGUAUUAAAUGAUGGAAGGGCUGCAUUUUUGACAGCAACCACCUUAAAAUUUGAUCCUAAUCAAGUUCAAGGAAUAUGGGCCCAAGGUAUUGAGGAUGCUAGUUGUACUACUAUAAAUCACAAAUAUAGAUUAAUUACAUUUGGAAGAAUGAAUUCGGAAUGUAUCGUGUACUGUGUUGAUGAAAGCACGGGUGGAUUAGAGAUCUCGCACAACUGUGUGCUCAGUAGUAAAGAUUAUCCUGGAUGCCCUGGAACUGUGGGUCAAGUGCGCUGGACACCAGAUGGUUGUGCGUUGGUAGCGACGUGGUCUCGUGGCGGAAUGGCGAUGUGGUCGACGUUCGGGGCCUUGUUGAUGUGCUCUUUGGGAUGGGAUUAUGGUCUAAAUGUCGACAUCCAAAAAUGCAACCCAUUGCAAGUUACAUCUAUGGAUUUUGCCACAGAAGGUUACCAACUCUGGAUGGUGCGAAAACAUUCGAAACAGUACGAGUCUACGGACGACGUCGAAGAAUCGUCGUCGGAUGGUAGUUCAUCUUUUAGGACAUCGUUAAUUGAGUUGGACUUCGUUAAAAGUGCCCUCACCAUCAACCCCUGUCAAAGCCAUCAGAGUCAUUUGUAUUUGCAGGGAGAGGAUAGGCUUUAUGUUAAUUCCGCUGACACGUUAGUGAAAAUGUUUUCUGAUCGUACUAAUAAAGAUGACCUUUUUGGUGAUUUACCAGCGUCUAUGACGACAUUAGCUGAAGGAAGACAAUGGUUGGUGAUACCCGUUCCGUCCACUUAUUCGGCCACCAACUGGCCUGUCAGAUAUUCGGCUAUUGACUCGGAAGGUCAAAACAUGGCGAUAGCGGGACGUACGGGCCUUGCCCAUUAUUCCAUGCAGUCCCGUCGCUGGAAAUUGUUCGGCAACGAAACGCAGGAGAAAGACUUCAUUGUGGCAGGAGGUUUGCUAUGGUGGAGGGACUAUGUUAUCGCCGGUUGCUAUAGCAUAAUUGAUAAUGCGGAUGAGCUGCGAUUCUAUCCUAGGGACUCCAAAUUGGAUAAUAAGUUUGCUCGAAUUGCCAGAGUGUCGGCACCGAUUUUGCUCAUUAACAUACUGCAAGAUCAGCUCAUCACAUUUUGUUCAGAUGCACAAGUCUGCAUUUGGAACAUGCAUCAAAACGACACAGUUGGAGAUGUUGAUGUCACGAGACUUCAAACUAUAGACAUAUCUGCACUCGCAGUGCACCCUGCUUGCAUCGCCUCGAUAACACUGACGUCACUGCGAUCCGAAACUGGUCGGGGUCAACAAGCCCACUCUGAAAGUAUGGUGCUUAAUAUCAGCGGUCGGUUACUGAUGGUGCAACGGGAGACACGCAAUGGUGAAAAAUAUGCUUCCCUAAUGCCCACGGUACUGGCCAGUUGCGUGGAGAACGUAUGGGUGCCCGGAAAAAGAAGAGUUGAAAAGGCUCACCUAACUGAGGCACUAUGGCUGUUCUGCGGUGCGCAUGGAAUGAGAGUGUGGCUACCUUUGUAUCCGAGAGACGGCGAUAAAACUCACACCUUCAUGUCCAAAAGAAUUAUGUUACCCUUCCAUUUACGCAUCUAUCCCCUUGCUAUUUUGUUUGAAGACGCAAUAAUACUUGGAGCCGAAAACGACACGGUGCUCUAUACAUCCGACUCCAAUUCUCCUUUUUCACUGCCUUUUUGCGUUUUACAACGUACUAGUCAAGUUUAUUUACACCAAAUUUUACGUCAAUUAAUUAGAAGGAACCUCGGCUACCACGCCUGGGAAAUAGCUAGAAGUUGCAUGAGUUUGCCGUAUUUUCCACAUUCGCUGGAGCUGCUCUUGCAUGAGGUAUUAGAAGAAGAAGCGACCAGCAAGGAACCAAUUCCAGAUGCUCAAUUACCCAGUGUUAUCGAAUUCAUAAUGGAAUUUCCUGUGUAUUUACAAACAGUAGUUCAGUGUGCUAGAAAAACAGAAAUAGCAUUAUGGCCGUACCUCUUCUCAGCCGCAGGAAAGCCUAAAGAUCUCUUUCAGGAAUGUAUGGCCAAAAAACAACUAGAUACGGCCGCCUCAUAUCUGAUUAUACUUCAGAACUUAGAAACCUCAUCUGUAAGCAGGCAAUACGCAACAUUAUUAUUAAAUACCGCUCUGGACAGAUCGAAAUGGGAACUAGCAAAAGAUCUGGUACGCUUUCUCAGAGCAAUAGAUCCUAAUGAUGUGGAAUCUCCACGUACGUCUUUUGUCUUGCCUCAAAAGUUAGGACUUACGCAACAGACACCACCAGUUAGUCCCAACGCUGAGGACAUAUCUCUUAUAUUGGGUAACGUUCAAGGUACACGAGUGCGUAGUUACAGCACGACAAUAUCGCCAAAGAUAGCUGAGCGGACCACCACGGGCAAUACCAAUACUGGUAUGGGCGCUCUCGCCGAAUCUCCUAUGCCUAAUAGAAAGAAGUCUGUACCCAAUUCCGUUGGUAAUAUCAAAAAUGAAAACAAAAAUUCAUCCGGGAACACAGCAGAGGAGUUCUUUAUAGAUGUAAUUCUGCAGAAACAAGCGAGGCGAUUGUUGUCCGCAAGAAGAUUAACGGAUCUUGGUUAUUUUGCAGCCCACUUAGAUUUUCAUUUGGUGGCAUGGUUGGGAAAGGAACGCGACCGGGCGGCGAGAAUCGAUGAUUUCAUUAAAGCGUUGAAACAACUCCAUGAAGACAUUCCCUGGCCAUAUCCGACGCCUCAUCCUAGCUCAAUACGACAAGGUAGUUCAGCAGCCACAACACCGUUGGAAAGUCCAAACGGCCACGCCACUCUGGAAGAUCAUUUAAAAGCCCUUAAAAUAGAUGUCUUUAAUUACCCACAAACAGCCAGCCAAGUGGGAGACAGUGGCUAUAUGAGUUUCCAGGGGUUACCUUCUUGUACUGGUCUUGUCACUCCUGUAAAUACACUAGAACAGUCCAGUCGUUUAGGAGAUACUGACAUUGGGGAUCAUAGUGUCACCUCACAGACUGACGUUGAGCAUAAUUCAAAAAUCGCCAAGGAAGAACAUCAUUUGGCAGAUGAUGUUACUUACGAUAAAAAGGUGAACCUAUAUAAUAGUACAGGGAUUUACGACCGAAGUUUAAGCUUGAAUCUGCAAAACACUCAGAUCCACUCAGUCAUUGAUGAUUCCAUGGUAAGCACGGUGAGCUCAGUGUGGGGUGAUGACAGAGAUGUCUUAAGUUCACCGAGUACAGAGAACUGGGAAGUACCGUCUAGUCAGAUAUUAGAACAGCUUUCCAAUACGGGAAAUAAGGGUUCACAUAGGUCCGAGGUACAGUUAAGAUAUUUACUGCAAUUGUUUAUGGAGGCGAGUUGCUUGGAGUGGUCGUUGUUGAUAUCCGUCUUGUUGCGUGAUGCGAUGGCUGUAGUUAGGACAGUUAAUGCAGCUAAAUCUCCAGAUCAAAGUAUCGAGGCUGUAUCCCGAUUACGUCAGGGUUUAUUGCUGCUUAAUUAUUGGACUAAUACGGAAUGUUUAGGUUACAGAGCAUUUAUGCUAGCAAUACAAAAUCAAAUAUCCGUCCUGGGUAAAAUCCUCGAGACAAAGAUCCAGCACCAACAAAUUAUAGAGUAUCAACAGGCGGUCUCGGCGUCACUACACAAGGUGUCUGCGCCACCUCCACCGUCCAGAUCCAGAAAAACUAGUUCUAAUCAGGAUGCCUCAAGUCAAUCCAGUUCGUCCAAGGAUAGAAAAAUAGCUGGGGGUAAUAUCAGUGGAAAUGUGACAACGGAAAAAAUAAAUGAAGCAGGGACGACUUCAACAACGGGCGAGAUUAAUGUGCAGGUCGAGGAAAUACUCAACGAUACGGCACCGGAGACAGGUUGUGUCGUUUCAUAAUUUAGUAGAGAGAUUGUAUAUUUUUUGACUUAGGAUAAGCAGUUAACGAUAGGUGGAUGAAUAUUAUACAUUUAAAAAAUACAUUUAAGGAAUGGAUCACCAAACUUGCUUAAUUUCUUCGGUUUAGAUUCUUCCUCUAGUGCCGAAUUUUCUUGUUACCUCAGUAGGUCGAUACUCUUCAUAGAGUAACUGUUAGAAUAUUUGUUCUAAAAUUUAGUCUAUGUCAGGUUAUCAGUAUCACACCUCAAUUAGAUUUUUUUAAUUACUCUACAAAUAUAAUAAACUGAACUGACUAAUGUAGAAUAAAGUACAAAAGUAAAAUUUUAAAAAGCAUAUCUACCGUUUAUCAAAUAUUGUGUCCAGCUUUAACGAUACUUUAUGCUUUUUAACAUUUUAAUAUUAAAUUUAAAUGACAUUUUUAGAUCUUGAUUGUUAUUAUUAUUAUUAUUUUAUUGUUAGUUGUGUUACAACGAACGAUCAUUGUAUAUUUAAAUCCCAGUCGAAUGUUUUCGUAGUCAUUUUAAAUUUAAGAAGAUUGUAUACCUCAUUAUGCUGGAGCGAAUAUCCCAUGGGUAUUUUUCGAUCAAAAUAGUCAAUUGUUAAAUGUGGUUUUGAGAAAGUGAAUACAAAAAUCAAUGAGUUGUGCCUCGCAUUCAAAUGAUGUAUCAUGGAAAAAGCAUUCCCAUAUAAUAAAUAAGAACUGACAUAUUUGGUAAAGUAUUUUUGCAAUGUAAUUUUGAUAUUAAUUGUAAUUUUUAGUUCUAUUUUGUGGAUCAGCAAUAAAACUUUUAGCAUUUUGAAAAAUUAUUUGUGGGUGAUAAGGUUUUUACAAUCAUCUGAACAUGGGUAAAAAUAUAUAUGUAAUCCAAAGUAACCAUAAUAACGCGUCUCCCAUGUUUGGAAACUAAUAAUUGUUGUAGGAUAAAAAUGUUUAUUAUUUUUAAGGAAAAUGUUGACAGUUUUUUAUACAAAUUAUUAAUAUAUAAUCUGAUAGAUUACCUUUUACUAAUACUCUUUAUUGUUGUAUAUUUAUUUAUAUAUUUAUGUAGACAAUUAAAAAUAAUGCAAAAAUAAA